AUGUCGCUCACUGUCUUCCCAGAGCCUUCGGUUGACGAGAUAGCGGAUUUGGAGGCUACUUACCAAGAGAGCUCCAUUCAGCUCGGAGAAGAAGUCGAUUACUUCGCAGCCCAACUCGAUCGCUACACCACCGACCCCAAAGGCUCACCCGCAGAGCAGCGCGCUCAAUUAUUCAAGCUCCUCGAUGUUUACCAUACCUACACACGGAAGAGGGCGGACCGGCUGCGUGAGCGCCAAUCUCGGCAACGGUCGUUGCGGAGGGGGAGUUGGCAAAGGGCAGGAUCGGCUGAGAUGGACAUCGACGAAGCCGACAAUGGCGGCGCGGAUGCCAGUUUGGAAGAGGCGCAACGCGUGGAAGAGGAGGCGCAGACAUGGGACCUUCUACGGAGGAUUCUGCCACUGCGAUACCGCGAUACGUCAGCCGUGCAACAUUUGUUGAAUCAUGACGCCCGGUCCCAGUCGCGGAGGAAGUGGUGGAACGAGUUUUUAUUGUCCGACUCACUCGCCCGCGAAAGGAAAAUCGUGCUCGAGUGGCUGCAGAACAGUGCGAGCCACGGGCCAUCCAUUGAUGAAAUUGUGAGCGAGCUCCAACAGAAUGCUGAGCGCGGAGACAUACUCGGACACGGUUGGCUCCAUACCCGCCACAAAAUCAAGCUGCAAAAGAGCGUCAAUGGGUACCAAGGCGUCCUGGACCCAAACGAUUCCGCUGCCGCCGAAUCACAUCUCGGCUCAAACACUCUUAUCACCCAACUUGACCCGGACGCUCUCACCCGUCAGGGGCGCAAACUGGAGCCCCAGGACGAGUAUUUCGAACGCGCUAUCUGGCUGGGCUGCUUUGAGAUGCUUCGCCGGGGCUGCUCCAUGUCCGAGAUCAGGGAGUGGUGCGCCGUGAGAACGGAAAUGUGGAGAGCCGCUUCCAUCUCACCGCUGCCGCUCUCAAAUCCCGAGGACGAAGAGCAAUCAGCGUUUGACCCAAGUUCCCUGAUUUUAUGGAGGCGUAUGUGCUAUGCUACAGCUCGCGAGGGUGGGACAAGCGACUAUGAUCGCGCCGUUCACGGGCUGCUUGCGGGUGACAUUACAAGCGUCGAGAAGGUGUGCAAAUCAUGGGAUGACUUCCUGUUUGCCAAUUAUAAUGCCCUUCUCAGGACACAGUUCGACUCUCAUCUCAUCAAGCAUGCCAGUGGGGAGGCCGCAAAGGUUGCUCAACAGUACCCGGCGUUCAAUGCAGUCUUGCAUCACGGCGAUCCCAUGACUGCCGUCAAACGCCUCCUUACUUCACUUGAGAAGGAUGAGAGGACGAGCAAUGAGGCACUACGAACGACAAAGGCGCUACAAGGCGCCAUCCUUGCAAAUGAAGUCGAUCGACACCUCUUCCAUCAAGGUUUAGUGCUCUCCCGGCUUGCCAAUAAGAAGGACAAGUCGAAGCUGCUCCCCGAGGUUGUAUUACCGACUUUUGAGGGCUUCAACCCGAAGAAAUACUUUGGUUUGGGUGACCACGAUGGCAUACGGAUAUUGGCCCACGUUCUCAUCAUAGUCUCAGCUCUCGACCGCCUGAAGGGUUUCACGAUUGAUACCGGUCCUUUGCAGGCCCGGCACCGAGCGGCAGAGCACCUCAUUGCUGCUUAUAUCAGCUAUCUGCGCCUCGCUAAACUCGAGGACCUGAUACCGGUGUACUGCUCUAAGUUGAAUGGUGCUCGAAUGUACGAGACAUUGAGCAGAAAUCUUAUUCAUAUUGAUGACAAUGAUUCACGCAUUCACCAGCUUACCAUCAUGCGAAAGCUGGGUAUUGAUCUGGCCGAAUUUGUCAAGCGUCAGCCCGAGCUCUACUUGGAGGACGUUCAGGAUAAGGCGCUGAGCUGCGAGGCCAAGGGGAGAUUCAAGAUUCUUGAAGAUGGACCAUUAACACUCAAGUACGGCCGAAUUGUCAAGCCGGAUUUCUUUGGAGAGGAUGCAGAAUUUGUCGACAGUGAGGACGACGGCAUCAUCCGCUCUAUGGAAUGGCUCAUGCUGGUUCCGGACUUGUUUGAGGAGACCUGCAUGUACACCAUCCGGGUCUACAAGUACUUUUUGAAACGCAUGCGCCUGCGCGCCGCUCGCGCAUUCAGCGAACGCGUCCCGGGCCGCGAAAUCAUUAGGACAAAGACGCCUAUCCCCGUCCGGGACCCGAGCGAGGAUUCUGGGCCGGGCUGGUUCGACGACUUCGCAAACGCUGACUUCCCCGCCGAGUUCUUGGCGAGUUGCAGGCUACCCAAGGACAAGCUGAUUACGCUGGUGCGGAAUAUGUGGGAGUUUGAGUGUCUUGUCCGUGCUCUCGAUUCGAUGGAGACCCUUUCUUCGUUGGCUGGGCUCAGUAGGGAGGAGUCCAGCACGUCGCGCGAGAUGUGGCAGCACACCAGCCAAGAGGUGCGCGCGGCCAAGGCAUGCAUGCAGCCCGUCCUCAAGAACUGGCUGUUGGUAUCCAACCAGCCCGACAAGGAUUUCUUCGAGCUCCGCGAGGCGUACAUCCCAGAGACGGUGUUGGCUUAUAUCAGCUGCCUGCAUUUUGCAGGCACAUCGCUCUCGCGUGAUAACCUUCUCGAAUGCAUGGAGCUGGCCGCCGCGAUUGCGGAGAAGGGCUCGGAUGUGGCCCAAGAGUUCAUGAGGUGCAACAGGAUGAAGGAGUUGCUUGAGGCCUUCACGUCCUGCAGCAAGGCCUUGGCCAUCUGGACCAGCGACAAAAAGGGUGCACAAAACAACUCCAAGAAGAUCAGAGAGAUGGGUUGGUCAAGGGAGUUGUGGACGAUCAAGCCAUGA